UAUCCAAGAUGGCAGCCUCCUUCAUUGUCACACUGGAUCAUAUCAGGAUUUACCACUAAAACUUUCGUGCAAAGAAAUGUUCUUGAUUCACUUGAGUGUUCAGUAAUAAAUUGCUGCAAUAGGGAAUUACUUUCUGAUGCUGGUCGUCUGACUACGGACAUCUCCAAGUAGCCUGACGCUUUUAGCAGAAGGGGAGAGCUGUCAAAGUGUUAGCUGUGGUUAGCUUCCUUGACUUGUCACUAUGUUGGCUAGCUAGCAAUCGCUCCAACCAUGGAAUUAUUUUUAUUUAAUACGCGAGGGCAGGUUAUGCCCUUAAUGAGACGUUUUCUUGACUUGAAAAUAUGCAAGAUUAAAAGACGUACCCAGGCCUACAGCACCGUCUGCACUUUGAUUAGGCACCGGUGGAUGAAAAGCGCGUUGAUAUGUCUACCAAAUCAGCUUUGCAAAGAUUACAGCUCCAGUACUGAGAGGGGAGCUAUUGACCUGUCGAACUUUCCUGUCGACAAGAUAAGAAAUUUCAGUAUCAUUGCCCAUAUCGAUCAUGGGAAGAGCACCUUGGCUGACAGGCUUUUGGAGAUAACAGGGGCCAUUGUAAAAACGGAUAAGAAUAAGCAAGUGCUUGAUAAACUACAGGUGGAGCGUGAGAGAGGCAUCACAGUCAAGGCCCAAACCGCCUCUUUGUUCUACACAUACCAAGAUGAAACGUACCUACUCAAUCUCAUUGACACGCCGGGUCAUGUCGACUUCAGCUAUGAAGUGUCUCGGUCCAUUUCUGCAUGCCAAGGAGUUCUUCUUGUUGUUGACGCCAACCAGGGAAUUCAAGCUCAAACAGUGGCCAACUUUUACCUGGCAUUUGAGGCUCAACUAGCCAUCAUCCCAGUUAUAAAUAAGAUUGACCUUAAAAACGCUGACCCAGAGAGAGUGGAGAAGCAGAUUGAAAAGGUCUUUGAUAUUCCAAGAGUGGAAUGCAUUAGGAUCUCUGCCAAGCAGGGCAUCAAUGUCGAUCAAGUCCUCGAAGAGGUUGUGAAAAGGAUCCCGCCGCCCAAAGCUAGAGCGAAGGAUCCCUUCAAGGCCCUGGUGUUUGACUCCACGUUCGACCACUACAGGGGGGUCGUGGCCAACAUUGCUCUCUUUGGGGGCCAGGUGUCUAAAGGGGAUAAAAUCGUGUCUGCCUACUUGGGUAAAACCUACGAAGUGAACGAGCUUGGAAUCCUUAGACCCAAUGAGUGUCCUACAAAAACACUGUACGCAGGUCAGGUGGGGUACAUCGUUGCUGGGAUGAAAGAUGUUGCAGAAGCUCAAAUCGGAGACACUCUGUAUCACCAUAAACAACCAGUGGAGACCCUGCCAGGGUUCAAACCAGCCAAAUCCAUGGUGUUUGCUGGAAUGUACCCAAUGGACCAGUCUGAGUACACCGCCCUGCGGAGCGCUGUGGAGAAGCUAACCCUGAACGACUCGAGUGUGACGGUGCAGAGAGACAGCAGUAUGGCUUUGGGAGCAGGCUGGAGACUGGGCUUUCUGGGCCUGCUGCAUAUGGAGGUGUUUAACCAGCGCUUGGAGCAGGAGUACAACGCCUCGGUCAUAGUGACGGCGCCCACUGUGCCGUACAAAGCAGUCCUCACCUCAGCCAAGCUCAUUAAGGAGUAUGGACAAGAGGAAAUCACCAUCGUGAAUCCUGCCCUGUUCCCCGAUAGGUCCAUGGUGUCCGAGUACCUGGAACCAAUGGUUCUGGGCACCAUCAUCGCCCCUGACGAUUUCACUGGGAAAAUUAUGACGCUCUGUCUGAAUCGCAGAGCCAUACAGAAGAACAUGGUGUACAUCGAUGAGCACAGAGUCAUGAUGAAGUACGUGUUUCCGCUCAAUGAGAUCGUGGUGGAUUUCUACGACAAUCUCAAGUCAAUGUCGUCCGGAUAUGCCAGCUUUGACUAUGAGGACGCAGGCUAUCAGCCAGCCGAUUUGAUUAAGAUGGACUUCCUGCUAAAUGGGAGACCAGUGGAAGAACUCACCACCAUUGUGCACAAAGACAAAGCGUACAGCACAGGCAAGGCUAUGUGCGAGCGCCUGAAGGACUCCAUUCCGAGGCAGAUGUUUGAGAUCGCAGUGCAGGCAGCCCUCGGGAGUAAGAUCAUCGCUAGGGAAACGAUCAAAGCAUACAGGAAGAAUGUUUUGGCAAAGUGUUACGGAGGAGAUAUAACCCGGAAAAUGAAACUCCUUAAAAAGCAAGCAGAGGGGAAGAAGAAAAUGCGUAGCAUUGGAAAUGUGGAGGUUCCCAAAGAUGCAUUCAUCAACGUUUUAAAACGGAAGGAAAAAUAAUACGUAAAACAAUUAGUGAAGAUCACCAACAGAACCACUGAGCGUAACGCAAUGACUCUUGGGAGCCGGACUGUGCCAUCAUCAGGCCAUGUGCUUUCCUUCGAGGUCCACAACACACUGGACUUUACACAGAGGACAUGAACAUUACACAAACACAUGAAUGAAACCCAACGCUUACUGGUGAAUUUACAUUACACACGCAGUCACACAAGAUUCAUCUGGAGACAUUUCACUGAAUUGAAAAGAUUUUUUUUAAUGUACGAUGCUUACAGUACUCUUGAAGUAAAAGAGAAAGCAUAAUGAAAUUGGUGAAACCUCUACAUUCUUUUCAUGUCACCUGUGGCCUUGAAAAGUGAAGACAAAAACUGCUCACAUUUCAUCAGAAAAUAAGAUGACCUGUAUAAAAUACUUUGAAAUAAAUGUUCAUAUAAGUAA